UGGACAGACAAGUUUACUGAGAGUAUUUCCUGGAAAGGCUGGGGUUGGGAAGGCAUGGACAAGUAUGAAGGAGCCAUCCCUGGUGCUACAAGAAGUUGGUAUUCAGAGAUCAAAAACGAUUACAAUUACGCAACUGGUAAAGGAAAUGGCCAGGCAGUUGGUCAUUUCAUGGCAGUUGUUUGGAAGAGCGAGACUAAGCUUGGAUGUGGAUUGAAUAUCAAGGAAGGCGAUGGCACAUAUGUGACUGCACACUAUGCUCCUGCCUCACAUGCUAAUUCGAACUACUAUGAAUUGGCACCAAAAAAUGUGUUGGCUCGCAAAGGACCAGAACCCUCUUGCAAUAUUCGCUCUGCUGAUCGCAAGGAUUGUAACGACAAACUGAAGGCCCCAUUUGUGACUCCUGAUGAGUGCCUGGCCGCAGGCUGUUGUUAUGACGAUAUGUUUAUGGACGAGCCAGUGCAGUUCUUUGAAUCAAAAGGGAGGACAUGGUGCUUCCUCCCAGAAGGAGGACCCGGCAAGUCUCCAAAUGUUUCAGGUGUAAAGACAACUCCUGCUCCACCUUCAUCUAGUACUACAACAGCUCCUGCAGGUAGUACAGCUGCUGCCACCCCGACAGCUUCAUCUGCAG